UGCUCCCUUUUUACAACCAUCCUCCGAUCUCAUCUAUUCAUUCAACCCAUUGACUUCGCUUCAGUAUGCUUUCGAGUUUCGAGUUUCUGACAAUGCGGUCGUCAUGUUCAUAAUGCUGGAAGGAAAGGUUGUCUUGAUCUUACUUUGUGCUGCUAUAGUUGCCUCCAUUCCUGUGGAAAAGUGCGAAAACCGGCGCCCACUUGACGAGCACAUUCAGCACUUUGAGCCCGUCCACUACGACUUGGAGGAGUUUGGCCAUCGGCAUCGCCGCGCCGUCAGGAACGUGCGCGACCUUGGUGAACGGCACGAGGUAGCGAUUCGCUUCCAUGCCCAUGGAAGGCAUUUUCAUCUCAGCCUGCGGCCGGACACGUCCGAUUUAGCGAGCCAUGCCGACAUUCGUCUGCAUACCGCAGAGGGCUAUGAAGUCGCUCACGACUAUGACCCAAACAGCUUCCUUGUCGGUCAUGUAGUGGAUGAUACGGGCUCUAAAGUGGCAGCAUUCAACGAUGACGGGAUUAUGUCAGCCAACAUACAUUGCUCCCACGGUAGCUACUAUCUGAAGCCGGCUAGAGACCACUUCAACACGUCGCAGACGUUCCAUAGCGUUAUCUAUCGGCAAGCAGACAUCUCCACAUGGCCCGUGUCCAUGCUGAGAAAUGCGACGAUGCGCCCCAAGCUCGAGAAGCAGUCUCUGUGCGGCGAUGCCGGGGGACGCCUGGAAGACGACGACCAUGACAUCAUGGCUGAAAGCGCUCAGCAGCGCCAAGAAUACUUUGAGAAGGUCAAAUCCGGCCGGACGCGGCGGGAAACCAAGCGUCGGUAUGCACGGUUUGUGUGCACGGUAGCUCUAUACGCCGACUACCACUUCUUCUCAAGCAAAGCCGGUAGCGAUAAGAAUCGAGCCAUCUCUGUCAUGCGCCUUCACGUCAGCAAGUCCAACAACAUCUUCACGACGUCGGAUUUCGAUUCAAACGGCGAUCCUGAUGGGUUUCGCUUCAAGAUCGGUCGCAUCACCAUUGUAACUGACAGCACCACCGGGCCUUUUGCCGGCCCGACGGAUCAUUACAACACAGGCGGUGCUGGAGGAAAGGCUAUUGACACAAGGCUGUACCUACGAGUGUUCAGUACAAUUUCCGGUCACGAAGACUUCUGCGAAGCAAUCGCCUUCACCAAUAUUGACUUUGACAAUGGCGUCCUAGGACUGGCAUAUUUGCGGCCAUCAGGAAUCUGCGCAGAGAAGCACAGAAAGGCUAAUCCCCCGUUCCAGUUGAACGGCCAGACAUACGAUACUUUCACGGCAAACACAGCUUUUGUCUCAUUUGUCAAUCACGGAGUGCCACAGAAUGACGGCAUCACCGAAAUCGUCUUCGUGCACGAGCUCGGUCACAACUGGGGCACCGGGCAUGAUGACAGGAACGGCGUUCCAGUGUCGGAUGCGGCCUGCGUGCCAGGAGCGACCAGCACCAAUGGAAAUUUCAUCAUGUUCAGCAAGGCGAGCGACGGCACAAAGCCCAACAACGGUGUCUUCUCCACGUGUAGCCGCAAGAACAUCAACAGCAAUGUGGACAGUCUGCAGCGGAGCAGGCCCGACUGCUUUUCAGAUGACCCGGACGCAUUCUGCGGUAAUGGUGUGGUAGAGGAAGGCGAGGAGUGUGACUGUGGGACUGGCGCGUGUUCCGAUGCAUGCUGCAACCAGUACAACAUCAGCGACAAAUCGGGCAACUGCAAGGUCAACAAGACGCGAGGUUUCACUUGCAGCCCCACCAAGGGAGAAUGCUGCACGGACAUGUGUCAGGUGAUUGGCGCGCAGCCGGCAACGGCCGCCACCACGUCCCCGGCGACCGCAACCACGGCACGCGCAACCACGGCACCCGUAACCACGGUGCCCGUAACCACGACUCCCGCAACCACGGCGCCCGCAACCACGGCGCCCGUUACCACAGAAGCCGUAACCACGGUGGAACCGUCCGGCGCACCGGCAGAGAUGGAGGACGGUGUCACAAACUCUAGCAUGGAAGCCACCACGACCUAUCCCACGACCACGCGGGCCGUGUCUACUGCUGCCUCGAGCAGUGGCGUUGUCACUAGUCACGUGACCAGUGCGCCCGUGACGAAAGCCGGUAAGCAAAAAUGCGGUGUGGUGGAUAGCUGCCAGGUGCAGACGUUCUGUUCCGGUGCUGCCGAGUGUCCCACACCUGUGAACAAGCCGGAUCACUCGCUCUGUACCCCAGUAGGUGUGGACACCAGCAAGCAUGACUUUCAACAGGCCUGCCUCAACGGAUUCUGCAGUGAAUCGGCGUGCCGUGCAAGCGGACACCAGCCCUGCUCCUGCGGUGCUACUUCAUGCCAGGUUUGCUGUCGCAUCCACGGCGAGUGCGUGAACACCCACAAGACACCGGUUACUGGCAAAGGCAUUACGUUGAGAAACCUGUUCCUGCCUCCAGGAGCGCCGUGCAACAAUUACAACGGUAUCUGCAAUACCAAUGCCGAGUGCAAGGACAUCGACUUGAACACGGGACUCAACGGCGUCAACAACCUAUUCGACCAGAAAGCCUUGAAUGCGAUUGUUAUCUGGCUGAGGAAUAACUGGUUCUGGGUGCUGGUCAUCAUUGCCGCCAUCAUCAUCGUGGCCGUCGCCGUGCACUUCACCUACAAGUGGAAGAAGAAGCACGACUGGACCGAGGGCAAGCAGCUCGCCUACUCUGCCACCAAGCGCCUCGGCAAAUCCCUGCGCGGGCCCAAGGGCACACAGAGGAGAGGCGCCCGUUCCAACAACAUUGACAGUAUGGAAACUUACGAUAUCAGGACAUGCGCCCGUCGUAUGAAGAAGAUGUUCCCCACCGCUGGCUACGAGGUGCUGAUGGGUGCUGCCAGGGAGGUGAACGACGAGGAAACCGCCGUCACCAAGAUACUGGACCAAGGCUUCAAGAUGUGUAAGUGGUAGACGACACUCGCCUCCCUACUUCGCUUGAGCCCUGGAAGCGGUGUGACUGCACGCUGUUUUAUUUUCCUGGCCGUGCUGUAUUUGUUUUACUUUUUUUUCAGCUAGCGGUAACCCUUUCCCCGUUACUACUGCCUUGACUGAUAUCAACGAAGCCAUGUCUAUUUUUCUCUUCUACUACUAUUACAUGUCUGUGCGAAUCGUGGCCUUCACUUUGCGCGCUGCAUCUCUCUAGUGUAACCCGGACGAGACCAACGUGUCUUCUGUCGAGUGUUAACCAUGCGUAUGCUUGACUAUUUUGUGAUGCAUGACUCGGUUCUGAUGUACCUAUGACCACACACUACUUUUUCCCCCGAUACCAACACUAGUCCGUGAUUUUGCAUUCAAUGCUGUGCCAAUGGAUUUAUUUAAUAUAUUGAGUGCUAAUGUAUUCUAUUCAGAACUGCCAUUA